CAUCAGUUUAAUUCUAAGAGUUUCUCAAGUAACUUUUAAAGCUUUUAAAACAACUUGUGAAAAUGAAGUUCAUCUUAUGCUCAAUUUUAAUUAUUGGCACCGCAGUUGCAGCUUCUGUAUUUCCCAGAAUACCAAGGAUUAUUGGAGGAGAACCAGCUGCUCCUCAUGAGUUCCCGUACAUGGUUUCCUUGCAAAGAACAGGUGACGGAUUUCAUAUUUGCGGUGGAGCCAUCCUGAACGAAAGAUGGGUCCUUACAGCUGCCCACUGCUUUAACGUUUUAACUGAUGAUGACGAAAUUGUAGCUGGUACCAACAAUAUUCGCCAUCCGGAAGAGUUUGAACAGAAAAGGAAGAUUCUCAGGAAAAUAGUUCAUGAGGAUUACGCUGGAUCUGUUGCUCCACAUGAUAUCGGUUUGAUUGAGGUGUCAGAACUCUUUGAAUUGAACAAGUACGUGUCCAGCUUACGUUUGCCCUCCCGGGAAUUCCACUAUCCUACCGGUAGUGCCACAAUAUCUGGUUGGGGUAGAACGCAUAGUUUUGAGAGCAUCUUCCCCGAUGAGCUUGUUAAGGCUGAACUGCCAAUUCAUCCCAUUGAUAUGUGCUACAGAGUCUAUCCUAAUUCAGCAUUCCACGAAACAAAUCUCUGCGCAUCAGUGAUGAAUGGAUCCAAGGCUGUUUGCAAUGGUGAUUCCGGAAGUCCUUUGGUACAGAAAAAUUCACAGGGAGAAGCUGAGGUUUAUGGAAUUACUAGUUGGUCUGGUUUGCCAUGUGGUACUCCAGGAAAGCCAGGAGUUUUCGUGAAUGUCUCUUUCUAUUUGGAUUGGAUUAAAAAGCAGAUCAAUUCCCAAUGAAAAUGAAAUAAAAAUAUGUUGGAAAAUAA